CGUAACCCUAUAAGUGGCACCAAGAAAAGGGCGAAAUUUUUUUUCCCUUGCGGCUUUGGGGCUUUUUCGUCUUAUUGUAUCAAAUCGACGUCCGGCGCCUUAAUUCCCGGCCAUGGCUGGUGCUUCGCCGGCUUCCGGCGAACAAAUGGUUGUAAAUAGUCCGCAAGGGAACACGGACGUGCCCAAGCCCAAGACCAAGACAAGCCUCCGGGGUCUGAACAAGCCCAAGUGCUCCAAGUGUGGGAACGUCGCUCGGUCGCGGUGCCCUUACCAAUGUUGUAAGAGUUGCUGUUCUAAAGCUCAAAAUCCAUGUACCAUUCAUGUUCUCAGGCCUAAUGCGAAUUUUUCGGACAAACUCCCUACUUCAAGCUCUCCAUUGUUUGGCCAGAGUAUCACUGAUGUGUCCUCAUUAUCAUCCAGCAGACUCACAUCACUCCGGCAGGCCUCUAGUAAUUUGGCUCAUCUUGGUGGGGCACAUGUGGCAUUGCGUGCAAGAAAACCAUUGUCCAGGAAGGAAGCUGCCAUCAUUAACAACUGGAGGUUUUCCAAGUUAAGAGAGCAUAAAGAGCGGAACAUUGAGGCAGAAGAUGAGGCUUUUGAUCGCUACGUGCAGAAUGUGUCAUUGCUGGAAGAAACUUUUGGUGUCAAUUCUUCAUUGGAAGCCCUUACUCCUGAAGGUGAGCCCAUGCUUCUGUCUUGCUGUCCAGAUGGACUUGACCAGGAUAGAGUAGUUUCUGCACUGAAAGCAAGGUUAAGAUCCAAACCUGAAAGAGCAGACAAGCACAGAGAAAGAAUUCGAGGGCUAGUUAAUAUUGGAUUGGAGAACCUGAAGAAACGAGAGACAGAUGGAAGAGACAUGGAUCGUGUGGAUCCAGGCGCUUUAGGUGGCACGAGAGAACUUGAUAGCCACGAUAGUGGAUGCAGGCAGCGGUUUGAAUGUUUUUCAGCAAUAACUGAUCUUCUUGAUAAAAUGUCCAAGGUUCGAAGCAAGGAGGAUCUAAAACUAUGUACAGACCUGAAACUGCAAUUGUUUCCUCAAAAGGAGAGCAACCCAGUGGUUCCUGCCCCUGGCGGCCAAACAAUGGUUUUUAGCCAUGAACUCAGCAAAGAUGCACUGAGAAAGGUGGAUGAAGAAUUUCUACCUGAUCGAGAAAUUGCAGAGAUAUAGAAUCCAUGCUGUGUGGAUGAAGAAUUUCUACCUGAUCGAGAAAUUGCAGAGAUAUAGAAUCCAUGCUGUGUUACAUUACUCACUGCCGCUCCGAACAUUUCCUAUGUCUCAAGGGAGUAGUUCAAUUUAAUCAGUGGGAAUGUUUGUCCAAGCAUUUAAUCACGAGAAAGGCAAAAACGAACUCGGGGGCUGCAGGUAGGGGCGAUUAAAUGCGGCUUAGUCUGACUUUUUAUGUGAUGCUUCGGUUAUCGGCUUGAUGUAUUAUUAUUUUUUGUUGUAUCUUUUGCCAAGGCUUACCGUUAGAAAUGCAAUUAGAUUCCUACCUAUUUCAUCUUUUA